CAACAGCAAAACAAAGACAAACAACAGGGAAUAUAACAAUUUUUCUCUGGAAAAAUGGAAGAAUACCAGAUCAACAGUCUCGUUCUUGGUUUGUUCAAGACUGAUACGUUUGUCGCUCAUCUUGGUUCAUUGUCAACGAGCGAAAACCACCAUAGAAUGGAAUUGAAAAAAAGAGAGCCUGCAGAGAAAACAAGGAGUCAAGGAGGUGAGGGAGAUGGAGAUGGAGAUGGAGACAAUUCCAAACAGGGCGAAAAAUAAUGGGGGUAGUACCAGAAGGGGCAAAAAAAUAGUAGAUUACAUCACAAAAUUCAUAAUCAUAAUCAUAGUCACAACUAAGGGAACAUUGAUGAAACUCAAUGUCAAGCCACAAGUAGAGUAGGUUUCAAGCAAUUGGUUUCUCCUAACAGUGAAGGAAAGAGUAAUGCUACUUGGAUGUCUUAAGUUACCUGUUUUGGUGUUUUUAUUUUGUAAAUGGUUGCUAGUUUUUGUUGUGAUAUAAUAGAAGCAGAUUAAAGGAGUGUUAAGGUA